UCGUAUCAAAGAAACAGCAAAGCUGUGUGGGAAGAAAGUUGAAGGACGAAGGAGAAGCGGGGAGCUGCUGCUGACACAUUCUGCUCAGCACCACGGACAGCGAACCAUCGGGAGCUCGGACACAAGCUAUCCAUCGAUAUUGGAGAGUUAUUGGAGAAUCAGAGGACUGAACUGGCAAUGAGGAGUUUGGUUUGGAGGGAGCUACUAAUUUUCAUUUGAUCACACAAAGACUUUUUCGCUGCUCGCCAAAUUAGAACAGGAGGAAACAAAACUACAACUGGCACCCACAAUGGAGCCCCUAGACCAGACCUACUGGUUUCCCCUCGCAUCAGACCUCAACUCCUCCUUUGGAGCCACUCCCUCGCCCUUCCUCUUCUCCUACCCCCGCCUCUUCAACAUCUCCUCCAACCUGUCCACUCAAAGUGUCCCCUUCCAGGGCAGCAGCACUCUGAUGACCGCAGUCAUCUCCCUCACAGUCUUCAUGGUGGGUCUGACUGGCAACACUCUGGCCAUCUAUGUGGUGCUGCGCUAUGCCAAAAUGAAGACAGUCACCAACAUCUACAUCCUGAACCUGGCUGUGGCCGAUGAGCUCUACAUCAUCGGGCUCCCCUUCCUCACCACGCAGAACGUGCUCUCCUAUUGGCCGUUUGGCUCCUUCCUGUGCCGCGUGGUCAUGACAGCAGACUCUAUGAACCAGUUCACGUCUAUUUUCUGCCUGACGGUCAUGUCCAUCGAUCGUUACCUGGCUGUGGUUCAUCCAAUCCGCAGCACCAAGUGGAGACACCCCCGCGUGGCCAAGGUGGUGAGCGCAGCUGUGUGGGCCGUGUCCUUUGUGGUGGUCCUGCCUGUGGUCAUCUUCUCUGAUGUUCAGGACACAUUUAACUCCUGCAACAUGAACUGGCCCGAGCCAAAGAAUGUGUGGUCGACAGCCUUCAUUCUCUACACUGCCACAGUCGGCUUCUUUGGACCGCUGCUAAUCAUUUGCCUCUGCUACCUACUGAUCGUUAUCAAGAUGAAGUCGUCAGGGGUGCGAGCGGGCUUCACCAAGCGUCGGCGUUCAGAGCGCAAGGUGACACGGAUGGUGGUGGUGAUAGUGGUGGUGUUUGUGCUCUGCUGGCUGCCAUUCUUCAUCAUUAACAUGAUCAAUCUGGUGGUCAUCAUCCCUGAGUCCAGCGCUACUGCCGGAAUUUACUUCUUUGCUGUCAUCCUGUCCUACGCUAACUCCUGCGCCAACCCGGUGCUCUAUGGCUUUCUGUCGGACAACUUCAGACAGAGCUUCAGGAAGGUGCUGUGUGUGAGGAAUAUGAGGUGCAAGGCCAAUGGAGUGGAUGAUGGCGACCCCAGCGCUCCGCGCACUGAAAAGACCACAGCACACGACUGCGUCCUUCUCUCUCCUCGUAACCAGGUCUACCACGAUCCUCAGAGCAGCCAGAUCUCUCCUCACGCUCCAGGCUCGCCCACCUCCCACACAGCGGCAGACCUUCACCACUCCACCCCUACAUGUCACUCCACUUGCCCAGGAACCGGACCCACCACUACUACAGCAGCCUCCAGGCUAACCUCCAUGGUAACCUCGACUGAACUUCCCACCGUCACUGCCCUGACUACGCCCUCCUCUCCUGCAUCCAUAGGUCCGCAGGAACAGGAGCUAUAGAGUGAUGAACAUCAGGCGUUUAAGGAAGUGAAAAGAGAAGCAAUGGAGGAAUAGCAUGAUGUAAGAUUACAGAUGUGGAAGCACAGGGAUUGGAUUAGCUGAUCAUAAAAGCAAAAAUGGAUGCUUUUCUGCAGCUGUAAUGUAAAAAUCCAUUCCCAGGACGACAUGAACACUCAUUCUAUUUUUCAUAUCUCAGUGUGUAUCUAUAUGACUCACCCAGCUGUUCAACAAACCCUGUUUUUCUCUCCAUCCAGCCAUGUGACAUAAGUGCCUUUCCAGCCACUUUCAGCAAACAUCAAGGCUUCUCAACAGACACAGGAAUGCUCACAGUUUCCUUCUUUCAUGUGUCACACUAAAUGUAAGAAUGUAUUUCCUUUUCCGAACCAAAAAUGCCACUGAGGACACAUUUAAAGCCAGUGGAGAAGAUUUCCUGCAGGUAUAUCUCAAGUUUAUUUGGGUCAACUGGGCAUUACAGAGUUUUCUCUCUAUUUGCAAACACACAUUGUGGUUCAGUGUGGAAAAAACGAAAGGAAUUUUCAGAUAAAAGCUCACCUACUACAGCUUUAAUUAAACAGCACAAUGCACUGAUUCAGUAUCAUGUUUUUUUCUGUAUUACAGUAAAAUGUAUUUUUGUGUUUCGAGCUCCCUCUCACCUUUGUUCUCUUCACUUAAUUUAAAUGGAUAAAUUGUGACGAGUGAACAGCUUUGUGGAAAAAGUCUGCUGUAAUCUUUUUCUGUAUGCUAUUUGCAUUUUUUUAAAUGGUUUGCUUGCAGUUUAUCAGCUUCUUAGUCAACAAAAAUGUGACUCGUUCCCUGCAAUGUGGUUUUCUGCAAACAUAUAGCCAGCAUUGAGUACAAAACCUCUGACCUCUUUGUAUAUUAAUGUUAUUUUAAGGUUCAGUGUGUAGGAUAUAGGGAGAUAUAUUGGCAGAAAUAUAAUAUAAUAUAAGAAGCAUUUUUCUUUAGUGUAUAAUCACCUGAAAAUAGAAAUUGUUGUGUAUUUGUGAAUGAGAAAUGAGAAGUUUAUAUCUCUAUAGGUAGUGGGUCCUUGUCCAUGUUAUCUGCCAUGUUGUACCGCCAUGUUUCAACAGUAGCCCAGAAUGAACAACAGAAACACUGGCUCUAGUCUGGGCCAUUCACAUUUUUGCUUCUUCCACCGAAGUUAGCAGCCCCUUCACGACAAACUGCUUUAUUCAGUGUUUUACAGGUUUAAAUCAUGGCGUCCAUUUGAUUUGUAGAGGAGGACAACUCGAGGAGGAUAAUUUGGCUCCCGGUAAAAACCUCCUGAAAGUCUGGAUCAGAAAAAAGACACAAGUUAUCUGAGAAGAUAGGUGAGCACACAUUUGCAGGAACCCGCUUCAGCAUGCCAAACAGUAAAAUAGAAACACGUGAAACUGCUUUAUUCAGUGUUUUUUCCGGUUUGAAUCACCUGCUCCAUUUGUUUUGGACCUCUGUGGAUACUUUGGCUCCUGGUAAAAACCUCGUGAACAAUGAACACUAAAGGAAUUCUAACUGGGAGCAGUUUCGGCUGGUUGUAACUAGCAGUCCUCACCACUAGAUGCCACUAAAUCCCCCUAAAUCUUCCACACUGCUCCUUUAUUUGUGUCUUUGUGCAUUUGUGCGUCAUGUGCGUGUGUGUACGUGUGCAUUUGUGGCUGUUUUGCAUGUGUAUACAUGUUUCUCUCUGCAGUACAUGAUGCUGGUAAAUUCAGGGUUAAUAGCAGUAUAUAUUGUGGCUAGUGUUAUUGUGUGAUCAUGUUUUGCUCAGCGCCUUAUUUAAUAGAUUAGAUUACAUAUACGUACACACUGGCUAAUUCUGAUCAGACUGGCAGCAGAGUACCUGAGCCGGCACAGCUUCCAUUAGCCACUGAAAUGCUAAGCUUUGAUUAUGAAAGGUCCUGUAUUGUGUUUAGAACAAGUGGAGGAGAAUUAUUUACCCUUGCCAUAGAAAAUACUUGUUUCCGAUUGGCUCAUAAGUGCUUUUAAAAAUCAUACAGUAAGAUAAGGCAGGUAACCAUAGCAACAACAUUCCUGAGGUGUGCCACACCUUAGUUUAGAGCUGCUUGGUGAUACAGACCUUAUCUGACUCUGCACAAACUUUAAAAACGUGACAAUUUGAACACAACCUUUCUUCUUGCCAACUGCAUGUUAGGACACCUCAAGUAUUGCUUUAUCAUUGCAUAUGUGAACAGUUUCUAUAUUCUGGUCUCUAUAUUAUAUCACCACACAAUCCUUUGAUAAAAGCAGACAUUGUGAUAUUUGACAAAUGCUGAUUGGAAUCAAAUAAAUGAAAUUAAUUUAUUGUACCUGGACAUAUAGAAGUGAGAAUGCAUUUGGACUGUCAGUGAUGGAUGUUUAUACUUUUUCAGCUACUUUUCCUCUGUAAAGAAAAAGAAUCAAUGGCAUGCAGUGAAUUAGGUGACUAUAAUGAGAGGAGGCAGUGACAGAGAAACUA